AUGGCUGGGGAGAAGAGAGGCAAACCAGGGCUCAAUAAAGCAUGUUGCCUUCUCAUCGUGAUUGCUGGGAUGGAGCGGUUUGCGUUCAAAGGAGUGGCGUCGAACCUUGUGACCUACUUAACCGAUGUAGUGAACAUGAGCAACUCGGCGGCGGCAAAGACGGUGAAUAACUGGUGCGGGUUCACUUCCAUGAUGCCACUACUUGUGGCGUCGCUGGCCGAGUCUUAUUGGGGUCGUUGCUCUACCAUCUUAGCUUCCUGCGUUCUUUACAUUGUGGGACUUGGGGCAUUGACAUCUACAGCACUAACAUGGGGACAGUACGAUUCAAACAGCAUUGGCUACUCCUUCCUCUUCGGCUCACUCUGCCUAAUCUCCCUCGGCCAAGGAGGCUACAACCCAUCUCUCCAGGCCUUCGGAGCAGAGCAAUUGGACAGUGAAGACGAACUCCCCUGCACCAUGGACGACAAGAAGCCCAACCUGAAGAGCUUGUUCUUCCAAUGGUGGUACUUCGGCGUAUGCGCCGGGAGCUUGAUGGGGGUGAUUGUUAUGUCCUACAUUCAGGACACCAUUGGUUGGGUGUUGGGUUUCGCUAUCCCAACCUUAGCAAUGGUUGCUUCCAUGGCGUUGUUCUGCCUCGGAGGAAGCAUUUAUAGGUAUAGAGAGGACGAGGAAGAUGCCAUCUCCAAGAAGUCGUUCCUUGAGGUCUUGAGAAAGGUUAAGGAUGUUGUUUGUAAAGUCAAGGUUUGCAGGAUCAGGUUGUCUGAUGAGAAGACUGAAGCUGCUGAGAUGGAGAUGCAAGCGAAGCCUCUCCAGACCGACAAGCACAGCACCCUGAAGCCAGGAACAGAGAAGCAACAGCAGCAACCACCAUCAACCAAAACCGACCGCAAUUGGGUCCAAACCGCAAAAACAAUACUCAGACUCCUUCCAAUCUGGGCAACGCUGCUGACAUUCGCCGUCAUCUUCCAACAGCCCGCCACCUUCUUCACCAAGCAAGGCAUGACCAUGUCUCGAAACAUCGGCACAGGUAAAACCAAAUUCAUGAUCCCUCCAGCAACUCUCCAGAGCUCCAUCACCGUCUCCAUCAUCCUCCUCAUGCCACUCUACGACAAGCUCCUCAUCCCCUUCGCCCGCCUCGUCACCCGGUCCGAAAAGGGGAUCAGCGUCACACAGCGGAUGGGGAUCGGGAUGUUCCUGUCGAUCAUCGCGAUGGUAAUCGCGGCGUUGGUCGAAGAACAGAGGCUGGAGAAAAGCAGGGGAGCGAAAACAGAGGAGAUGGUUGUUGAAAUGAACAUAUUCUGGCUGUUGCCGCAGUACAUUUUGUUGGGGAUUUCGGAUAUUUUCACGGUGGUGGGGAUGCAGGAAUUCUUCUACGGGGAAGUUCCGGUGAAGAUGAGGACUCUGGGGAUUGCGUUGUACACGAGUGUGUUUGGUGUGGGGAGCUUCAUGAGUGCUCUGCUGAUAUGUUUGGUUGAGGUUUCGACGCGGUGGAGGAAAGAAGAGAGCUGGUUUAGCGACGAUAUGAGGGAGGCGAGGCUGGAUAAGUAUUAUUGGUUGCUGGCCAUUUUGAGCUCCGGGAGCUUGGUGCUGUAUUUGGUACUCUGCAAGUUUUUUUACGGUGGAAGUAGGAGUGGUGGCGAUGAGGUGGAGAUGGAGGUGGUGGAGAGUGGUCGUAACACGGGAUGUACAUGA